AUGUCAGAGCCAGGCCCCGAGUCUAUCCCUACAAGCGCAGACCCGCGCAGCAAGAGACCUGUCAAACGUCGCGCAGUCACCCCGCUCAGCGAACAGGCAUCGCAAAUCGAGCAUCUCUUCCGCGACCCAAACAAAGAAAUCAGAAUUCCCGACCCGUCGAAACAACGAACCUCAGCAUCGCUCGCUCCCCCGCCAGAGAUUGUUGCGAAUGUCCAAGGUUCUUCGGCUGGUGCAGGCUCCGGCGAAUUCCACGUCUACAAGGCGAGUCGCAGGAGGGAAUACGAGCGUCUGCGCUUGAUGCAGAUUGAACAGGCACUAAGGCGGACAGAGAAUGGCCAAAAGGACGAGGAGGAUCAGGCGAUGCCCGUGGAUGGGGCUGAUCAGUCUACUGAAACACCAGGAGUGAUCAUUCACGAGGAUUGA